GGUGUCAGAGGAGGUGCAAGUGAAGGGAAGGGAGUAGACAUCAUCCAGAUGUUGACCAAAGCACGCACAGAGUAUGACAAGGAGAAGUCGACUUCAGAGCCAAAGGAGAUUGGCGGCAGCAGUGUUCUAUAUGGAAACCCCAACCUAAUUAAACCAAUACCUGUUAAACCAACAAACACACAGGACAGUGAAGGUGCAGAACCCAAGUCUCUCUCUCUGGCCACUCUCUUUGGUUCUCAACAUCAGCAUCACCACUCAUCCAAACCUGACGCCGUCUCUCCUGUGGCUGUAGCUGUGCCUGUGCCAGGGUCAGCAUCAGCUCGCCCACCUGUAGCCCGCACACUGACCUACGAUGAUACAUUGAACUCUGGCAGAAGUCAGACCUCCAAGGGAGGUAAUGCCGCCAUGGCUGUGUGUUCAGAUGGCGGGAUCAGGGCAGUAGUUGGGGAAGACGGUGGAAAUGUUGUUACGGGCUUGCUGCCGAUUCCUAUGACCGCUCAUCAGCAGCAGCAGCAGCAGCAGCAGCAGCAGCAGCACUGCCCAGCCAUCCAGAAGCUCAUGCAGGGACAGAGAGGGGUUGGAGGGGUGCUUCAGACUGUGUCUGAGUCCCCUGAGAACAGGUUGUGCGACAACGGGGUGCCACUGGAGCAUCACCACCACCAUCACCAUCUUUACCAUCAUCAUCAUCAGCAGCACCACCAUCAUCACCAUCAACAGCAGCAGCUUCAAUCCGACCCCAUCAAGAGACUUUUCCAAAUCCAGCCACCUCCCUCUCCCUCCACCUCGUUCUCCUCUGCUGCUCCCCCUCAUUGCCCCAACCCCCCUCCUCUGCAGCAGAAUCCCCACCUCCCUCCCCAGCCCAUAAUGUUGGAUUCUGUGUCAUGUUCCCACCUUCAAGCGCAACAAAGCCAGCAGCUGUUCUUCAGCCUUUCUCAGCCUCAACAAGAAGCCCAGCACAACAGCCAGUCAGCCUCAACUCUACAGGGAGCAGGUCUGUCUUCCCACAUGCCAGGCGUGGUGUCUCCUCACGAGCUCCUCCAAAAGCUCCAGCUGGUCCAACAGGAGCAAAGCCUGGCUUCCAGUGAUCCCCCCCGACUCUGUCCAGGACUGGCCCCUCGAUUUCUGGGGCCCACUCAGAGUCAAAGUGCAGGCUCGGUUGUAGGCCCAGUCCCAAAUCAGACUGCAGCCACUGCAGGUCAAAAGGCUGCACUGCAGUUUCAGGUCAUCUCCCCCCAGCGAAUACCAGCCACUGUGGCCCCCACUAUGCUCCUCUCUCCCAGUGUGUUCACUCAGGCAAAGCCUAGCGCUGGGUUGUCAGCAGUUUCCCAGGAGAACUGCCCUACCCCCUCAACCCUGCCCAGACCCACCCUGCAGGAGGAGGUUAGAGUUCUGUCCAGAAGCCAGCUCCAAGCCACACUGCUGCAUCUGAUCCAGGCUGACAGCUCAUUCCUGGACACUGUCUAUGAAGCCUACAUCAGCCGCUUUGCUAACGGCUCCAGCAGCAAGUACUAAUGACUCUUCACACCCUCUGUCUAUACAUACACCCUGUCCAGAGCUGUGAGGCUCAUUCUCUCACCUAAUAUGGAUGCACUACUUCCUCCUCCAAAACCCCACUCCAAUCACACACACUCGCUAUAUCUCCUCUGCACUGUAUAGCCAGUAAACCGGACUCUUCACUUCAAACCAAGUCUCUCUAGUAGCAUCAAAAAGCAGUUACUAUGUGAAGUGUUUGUUUCCACAUCAGAAAAAUGCAACUUUUCAUUAUGUGACUCUUCUAAAAAAAAAAAAACAAUACAAAUUCUCUCAAUCUGAGGACCACAGGUUUUUAGGAUAAACGUGGCAUAACCAUACAGACUUGACCUCGCCUGGAGUUCAGGGGAAACUGUAGCCUAUACUGUAGUUCACUCUCAGUGAAGACAAAACAUGCUGCAACUUCACAGUUUUCCCGUAGUGUUUUCACUAAGUGUAGCAGAAUUUAUUUUAUUUGUUUUUAUUUAGUUUUGUCCUGUAAUAACCUGUAGUCUCUACUCCGUCACAAGCAUCUAACACCAGCCAGCCUUCAGGGCUUUAACAAACAAGUCUUCCUAGUCUGAGAACUUGUGCUGAGGAAUAUGCUCAAACUGACUUGAAACUGACUUCACUUACAAGAUUAAAUGCAAAACAUGUUCAACAUGUUAUUUUCUGUAUAUUUGGAAAAGUAAGUUUAAACGCCAUCAGAAUUUCUUUGAUUUGAAUCUGCCAUACUUUUAAUUUAAGUUAUGACUAGUUUGCUUUCUUAAGAAUUUUAAGUAUGUAUAACUUUCCAAAUGCUUUUAAAGUUAUUAAAAUGAUACCUUGUCAUUUUGACUUUUUUUCCCAGCAGGCACCAGCUAUGACAUCUGCAUUGUUACUUUAGUUAACUGAGUGAAACCAGUGUUGUUUAGAAGCACAUUAGUUAGCCCACAGAAAGCUAUAUCCACUUAACUGGUGGCAUUUUUGAACAUGUCCCGGUGUGUAGGAGAGAUUCCUUUCCAUUCCUUCAGUUUAACUUGCUUUGUUAGUCUUAUUCCUCCUCCUCUGAACAUGAAUAUCACGAUGAAAGAGUUCAAAAUGACAUGGUAUCCAUUUAACUUGAAGAAAAAAGGAAACUACAGGAGACUGUCAACCUGCACUACCUCACAGAGAGCGAGAGAGUUACCUGUGUUUUUACUUAGUAGUAGCAGAUUGUCAGUUUUAAAGGCUACAUAAUCGAAUAUCUAUAAUCGGGACUUUUGUUUCAGUUUAUCUAAAGGGUUUUCAUUGUCACAGAAAUGUGAAACAGUUAACAAACUUUAACCAACUGAAAUAUCAAUUGUUAUAUUUUUUCUGCCAAAAUUUUUGUUGCAUCUUAAAAUGCAAUAGUUUGCAGUCAUGCCACAGUUCCUGAACACUCUUCCUGCCAAAUGAAACGGCUUACAGAAAUCCCCCUCAGGUAUUAUAAAACCACUCAUUGAUCAGAGGUUUGGUUAUUGAUGGUAAAUACAGUUCAAUAAAUGAUUGCUUGGUUACAUAGAGAUUUAAAGCAAUAAAGAGCAACGCAGAAGAUAUAUACAUAUCUUCAAUAAUAAUGUUUUGGAGUUCACAGGCCUAUUCAAUGCAAGUACAGUAGAAAAUUUUAUACCCAUUUGCUGUAAAAUGUCACAUCAACAAAUUUCUCAUUCAUUGCCUCUCAGUUCCCCACUUUGUUCAACAUAGAAGUGAGUCUAUGGUUCCUUUCGUCAGGAUCAGGGUUUGCAAUGUGUGUUUAGCUCCUGUGCUAAACUCAGGCAAUGGCCAAUCAGAACAGUAGCAUCCAGAGAGUACACAAGAAAAACAGCAGCAAAAAAAAACAAAAAACAAAAAGACAAAAAAAAAAUGAAUACAUUACAGAAAAACUGAAAAUAUUUUUAUUCCUAUUUUUCUACUCCAGAAGCAAAAUGUAUUGUUCUCAUAGUACAAAUAACCAACAUGUUUCAUUACAAAUACAGAGAUAAAAUUUAAGUCAUUUUCAUGCAGAUACAACAUAUCUACAGUUAUUUGUCAAAUGCCAUUUUGAUAUUUUAAUUCAAAAGAUAUAAUCCAUGGUAUUUUUUAAAAAAAAACAUAAUUUAAAAACAAUAUGAGACAAUAGAAUGUUAAAGGAAACAUUUUUUAUCUCUUUGUCAGGAAUGU